UGUAUUCGGAGAUCAAUCAACAGGACUGCUACUAUUACUGAAGUCAGCCACAAAAGCCUAUGAUGGACCCCCGUAGCAGUGCCCAGGACGUGAAGAGAUGUGACCUGUGUGAAACUGAUGUGGUACAGAUGCACUGUGAUACAUGUCUAGUUCAGCUGUGUACAGGUUGUGUAGGAAAACAUAUGUUAGCUGAUGAAUCCAAGGAUCACAAAGUCGUUAAAUUUCAGGCCAGAAAAUCCACUCCCCUCUACCCUGGAUGUUCAUCUCACGACAAAGAACGAUGUGAAAUGUACUGUAAACAAUGUGACAUUCCUGUCUGUCUUAGCUGCCUUGCAUCCAAACAACAUUUAGGUCAUGAAUUAUCUAAAAUCUUACAAGUUCUGGGUGAGAAGAAAGACAAGAUUACAGAAGAAAGAAAUGAAUUAAAUGAUACAAUUUAUCCUACCUACCAGUACAUUGCAUCUGAUGUACAAAACAGAAUGAGUCAGUUAGAAAAGGAAUAUGGGGAUCUCUCAACAGUCAUAACAAAACAUGGAGAGGACUGGCACAGAGAAAUUGACACACUUGUCAAGAAACUAAAGGUUGAGAUUUGUGAGAUAAAAAACACUCAGUUACAAACUCUACAGAAACAUUUGGAUGAAAUAAACAAGACAAUUUCUGACAUCAAAGAAGAAAUCAAUUCAAUAGAUGUUGCUAAAGACACGUUAAGACUAUUAAGUAUCACAUCCAAAAUACAUAUUUACAGAAACCUUCCAUACAAAAUAAUACCAUCUUUUUCCAAAUUCAUUCCAGGAAAAAUCCAAGGAGAAGAACUCAUUAAACCGUUUGGAACCUUAUCAUCAAGUUCUCUAACAUUUGAUGAACAUGGCUACAGCAUGGAGACAACACAGAAAUCACCAGAAGCUGGAUCCUCACCUCCAGUCAAAAAGCUGCUUGAUGAACCAGAGACUGUCAUCACCAUAGACACUGGGUAUAAAUACCUUUACAACGUGGCCUGUGUGAGUGAUGAAGAAAUCUGGACAAGUGGGCAUACCAGCACCAUGAAACUCUUCAGCAUCAAUCAGGGAUCGCUACUCAAGUCAAUCAGAACCAAGUCAGGGAACAUACCAUGGGAUAUUGCAGUGACAAAAUGUGAGGAUUUACUUUAUACUGAUUACAUUUAUAGAACAGUGAACAUUAUGAAAAAUGAGAAGACAGAGGAGGUGAUCGGACUACAGAACUGGAAACCUUGGGGUGUCUGUUGUACCUUUUUUGGUGAUCUCCUGGUUAUCAUGACCAGUGAUGAUUACAAACAAACAAAAGUUGUCCGUUACUCUGGCUCCACAGAGAAACAAACUAUUCAGUUUGAUGUUAAAGGUGAACCUCUCUAUUCCUCAGGCUCAUUUUUGAUUAAAUACAUGUACAUUUCUGAGAACAGGAACCUAGAUAUCUGUGUGUCUGACAGUGGAGCUAAUGCAGUAGUUGUGGUCAAUCAGGUCGGGAAACUGAAAUUCAGGUACACUGGGCAUACUCCUGCUCAAAAGAACAAACCAUUCAAUCCACGAGGUAUCACCACAGACAGUCAGAGUCACAUCCUAACAGCUGAUGAUAAAAAUGACUGUGUCCACAUCUUAGACCAGAAUGGGCAUUUCCUCCGUUACAUAGACUGUGGACUGAGUUAUCCAUUUGGACUGUGUAUGGAUACAAAUGACAAUCUGUUUAUUUCUUUAGAAUAUAGAAGGAACAAACUAAGACAAAAGAGACGAGAGGGAUUCGCCCAACUGAUAAAAGUUAAAUAUCUACAGUGAAAUCUAUUACCGAUAUUAGUUACAGUAAAAUAUGACAAUAAUUUAUCUUGUCAAAUGUAUCACGAAGAUUCAAUCUUAGUUAAUGAUCAUACUGUUUCUCAUCAAAGAAACAUAUGAGUAUAAAGCAGCAGAAAGAUCAAUAUUCUUAAAUUGUACAUCAU